GUAAACAAACACAGACCCCGUUCGCGCUGUGUUGCGGUGAGAGCGCUGAGAAAUCACACGAGCCGCUUGCAUCUUCGAAAGUCAGCGCCGGAGGAUAGAAGCCCUCAUGAAUCCCUGAGGCGCCGUCAAGACUUUUCUCCCUCGAAUAGAAAUCCGCGAGACAGAGGUGUUCAGGGAGGCUCAAGCUCCUACCGUGAAAUCAUUCAAACGACUCUACGAUGCUGCGCGUGUUACCCUCAGUUGCGAGGAGCCUCGCGAGCUCCCUGUCGGUCAGACCUCUGACAUCAAAGGCUCAAGCCGUCACCGGUGAGAUAGUGGACCAGAAUCGUGAAUCGCGUGUCAUCAAAACUGUACUCGGAGCAGUCAAUGACCAGAUCGAGAAAGGAACGCACAGUAGAUUAUUCGCCGUUAUUUACCUCCACGGCAAACAAUUCAAGGUCACCGCUGAGGACAUCAUCGCUGUUAACACAGUCAUGCCUGUCGGAAUCGGGGAGACCAUCCGACUGAACAAGAUUCUCUUGGCAGCAUCCACGGACUUCACCCUGAUUGGCAGACCUUUGCUGGAUCAGGACCUCGUUCGAGUUUAUGCGACGGUGAUCGAGCGAACCUUGGGCCAUGAGUACCGGAUCUUCAAAUUCAGGCAGAGGACCCGGUAUCAGAGGUCGUAUUUCUACAGACAAAACUAUACCAUGCUCAGGAUCAACGGAAUCGAAAUCGCGAGACCCAUCGAUCAAUAGGAUACCAACUCGUAGGAUAUAUCUAUGGAAUAAAAUGUUUCGAGU